AUGCAAUCAUUGAUGACGAAUAGGCCUCAGAGAGGUGGAUAUCGAGAAGGCUCCAUGAUGUCUAGUAAUGCAUAUAAACUAAGUAAGUGCAACAGGUUUCGUAGUACAUCCUCAAUAGAUAAGUUACAAGGUGGAAGACAAACACGGUUGUGUUUUACACGUUUGCAAGAGGUGCAUACAAAGGUGAACUGUAAACAAGUGAGCAAGUUCAGUGAUAAGCUAAAUUUGAACUCCAGGCCUGACUCCGAAUUGUGUGACGAUAACGGUGCGGUCAAGAAGUCUGUAGUUGCAACUGGUAAGCCAUUGUUGAAUAGAGUGUCACAGAAUAGAGUUGCUGCUUCAGAGUGCAGUUCUGACCCUACAAGUUUACAAGAGUUUGAAAAUGAUGAACUUGACGGUAAAGUGAAUAUUCGUGAUAAUGAUCAUGAUACUUCACAGUUGUCUUUGGUUGAUCAUGAUGAGAUGAGGGAUAUGCCUACUACUGCUAAGUUGAACAAAAGUUCUGUACAACUUGAACGUGAGGUGGAAAUAAAUGCAGAUGCAGUUGCAGAAGGCAUGCAUACUUGUCAGACCGUCAGUGGGAGUGAUCAGCAUGUAGCCCACCUAUCAUCAGAUGCUAUUGCUAAACCUGAGCUGAUAGUAAAUGACGGCAGUGGUGGUGGUCUUGCGGGUAGACAACUUUCUGAAAGCCGAGCAACAACAGCCUUUGAUCCACCGCUAACUUCAUCAACUGGUAUCAAUCAGUCGUCGUUGGUGUUGUCACCCACAAUGAAACAGACGCCCAUCAACUCCAGUAUCUUGUGCAAUGAUUUUGAUAGUAUUGGUGCGUUUCAAAAGACGAAAGAUAUUGGUCAGUUUAGAGAGGAUAAGCCAAGUGUAAACGAAAGAGUAAUUGUUAAAUUGACUUGA